UCUCUAGGCAUUCAUCCCUCUGUCGCCCGGCUUCCUUUAUCGCCCAAUGCAUCUUCUUUCUUUUCGGGAAGUGGUGGUGGUUAGGAUCGCUCUUUCUGCAGAUAAAGAUUUUUAAAGAGUAAUCCUUUUUAAGAUUCUGAUGGGUUGAUUAUUUCUCUCUAUUUAAUAUCGGUUUCGCAGUGAUGGGAGAGACCUAGGAGCAGCGGAAAUCAAGCAAUUCACGUAAUUCUGAAUCCAAGGGGUAUUGUUGCAUGUAAUACAACUUCAGGAAUGGGAAGCAAGACAACUAAUAUCCAUGGAUUCCCUACAACUGCUACAGCCCCAAGUGUAAAAGCAUUUCUAGAGGUACAUACAGGCGAGGGAACCAUAUUUGCACUUAAGUUUAGACUUCCCAAAUACGUCACAGCAAAAUCAAGAGCAUAUGCAAUUGUUCAGUUUACAACGAACAGACAUGCUGAGUCUAUAGCCCAUAAACACCUUGUGUGGUAUGAUGGUUUUGUUUUGAAGGUUCGAGAUGUGGAACGUGACAUUGUCCCAAAGCCAAGGACCUCUUUAUUCAUCCUUGAAAAUGCGACACUGCAUUUUGGCUCCCCAGUUUCACAAAACAAAUUCUCUGUCCUCUGGUCUGCCAUGGAUGUCAAAGUUAAUUUUGGCUUCAAUUUGAGAAAAAUAUACUUUUUCCUAUCGCGGGGAGGCCAUUCAUAUAAAUUCGAACUUGCUUAUGAGAGCAUAUGGGAAAUACAGCUGCACCGCUCAUCUACUCAACAUUUGCAGUUUCUCUUGAUUCAGGUGGUAGCUGCUCCCAAGAUUUAUGAACUGUUCCCACGUAAUUCAGGUCUUCUGCUUGAAGAUCCAAUAUAUAAUUACUUUAAAGACCCUCCAGAUGAUCAGUGGGUCAGGACGACAGAUUUCUCCCCAUUAUGUAGCAUUGGACAAUCUUCUGCAUUGUGUUUGCAGCUGUCGUAUGACUGCGAUCUUCCAAAUAUCCGUGACUACUUUGUCUUUUAUAAGGAAUCUGAAGGUCAUUUUGACUUGGAGAGAGGCAUUUCCUACUCUUGCAGCUUGGAUCUAGUCCCAAUUGUCGAACCUCGCCCAAGGAUUGAGGUUCCAUAUAAAAUUCUCUUCAAGAUUAAUCAUAUGGUUCAGAACGGGACACUUUUUGGGCCCACGCUUGAUGAAAAAUUUUUUAGGCUGGUCAGUCCUCAGUAUGUCCGUAUUGAUUAUAUAGAAUGUGCCAUAGAAGAGAUGUAUUUUUCAAAAAGCUCCUUUUUCAAUCCAGCAAAUUGGCUGACUGAAAAGUACUCAAAAUUUAAAAGAUCCACCCGCCUUCCAAAAUCACCUAGCAUAUCUUUGGAUUCUGGCUUGGUUUAUGUUUACAGGGUGCAAGUGACCCCUUCCAAAGUAUACUUUUAUGGACCUGAGGUUAAUGUGUCCAAUCGUGUGCUACGCCAUUUUUCUGAAGAUAUAGAAAAUUUUAUUCGAGUUUCUUUUGUUGAUGAGGAUUGGGAGAAAAUGCAUUCAACAGAUUUGUCAUCCCGAUCUGGUUCUGCAGGAAAUGAAAAGCAUACUGCCCUUUAUAGGAGAACACUGUCAGUACUGAGAAAUGGCAUAACUAUCGGUGGUAAGAACUUUAAAUUUCUUGCUUUCUCAUCUAGUCAGUUACGGGAAAAUUCUUCAUGGAUGUUUGCUUCAAAUGGAAGAUUAACUGCAGCUGCUAUCAGAAAGUGGAUGGGCGAUUUCCAUGAGAUAAGAAAUGUGGCUAAAUAUGCUGCUAGGCUUGGUCAAUCUUUUAGUUCCUCUACUGAAACUUUAACUGUUGACAAGCAUGAUGUUGAUGAUAUCCCUGAUGUAAGAGAUGGAAAAUAUGUUUUCUCUGAUGGUAUUGGGAAAAUAUCUGCUGAAUUUUCUAGGAGAGUGGCCAUAAAGUGUGGCUUAAAAAGUUCAACUCCAUCAGCCUUCCAAAUCAGAUAUGGUGGUUAUAAAGGUGUUGUUGCUGUCGAUCCAACCUCAUCGAAGAAGCUAUCCUUGCGAGAAAGCAUGCGCAAAUAUAAAUCAGAUAACACGAAAUUGGAUGUCCUUGCAUACAGCAAGUAUCAGCCAUGUUUCCUCAACCGUCAGCUGAUCACUCUUCUUUCAACAUUGGGAGUUGGGGAUUGGAUUUUUGAAAUGAAGCAAGAAGAAGCUGUGAAUGAAUUGGAUAAGAUGUUAACUGAUCCAGAUAGGGCAUGGGAAGCAAUCGAGCUUAUGUCCCCAGGAGAAACAACCAGUGUUCUCAAAGAAUUGCUAUUGUGUGGUUAUAAGCCUGAUUCUGAACCUUUCAUUUCAAUGCUGCUCCAAACGUUUAGGGCAGCAAGGUUGUUGGAACUGAAAAAUAAGUCGAGAAUAUUUAUUCAGAAAGGAAGAGCAAUGAUGGGGUGCUUGGAUGAAACUAGAACCUUGGAAUAUGGGCAGGUAUUUGUUCAAGUUUCUUGCACUGGAAGAAUGCAGUUCCACAAUAAUGGUCUUUUCAUGUAUGGUGGAAGUGAAUCAGACCACCAUACUGCUGUGCUGAAGGGGAAAGUUGUCAUUGCUAAAAACCCCUGCCUCCACCCUGGGGACAUCCGUGUUUUAUCAGCUGUUGAUGUUCCAGAGCUGCACCAUAUGGUUGACUGUGUUGUUUUUCCACAGAAAGGGAAAAGGCCCCACCCAAAUGAGUGUUCAGGGAGUGACUUGGAUGGGGAUAUAUACUUUGUGAGUUGGGAUGCUGAUCUCAUUCCUCCUCGUGUAGUCACGCCUAUGGAUUACACUUCAGCACCAAGUGAGAUCUUAGAUCAUGAUGUAACAAUUGAGGAAGUGAUGGAGUACUUUACCAAUUAUAUAGUCAAUGACAGCCUUGGAAUUAUUGCAAAUGCCCACACAGUCUUUGCAGAUAAGAAGCCACUCAAGGCUGAGAGUGAGGAAUGCACAGAGCUUGCGAGACUCUUCUCUAUUGCUGUUGACUUCCCAAAGACAGGAGUGCCUGCUGAAAUCCCUACUCAUUUGCAUGUCAAGGAGUAUCCUGAUUUCAUGGAAAAGCUGGACAAAGUUACCUAUGAGUCAAAGGGAGUAAUAGGAAAGCUCUACAGAGCAAUCAAAGACCACACAUGGGGCCAGAUAAAGGCAUUUACAAAGGAGAUGGCUAGGAAAUCAUACGACCCUGACAUGGAAGUUGAUGGCUUUGAGGAGUACCUUGAUGAAGCUUUUUUGUUCAAGGGGGAAUAUGAUUUCAAGUUGGGGAACCUGUUGGAACAUUAUGGAAUAAAAACCGAGGCUGAGAUCCUUAGUGGGAGUAUAAUGAAGAUGUCAAAGAACUUCACUAAGUACAAGGAUGGCGAGGCAAUUGGAUUGGCAGUUAGGUCAUUGAGGAAAGAAGCUAGAGCAUGGUUCAAUGAGAAGCGCAUCGAUUGUGAGGAUGAAGAUGAUGUCUAUGCUAAGGCAUCUGCUUGGUAUCACGUGACAUACCAUCCGGACUACUGGGGUUGCUAUAAUGAAGGCUUGAACAGGCCUCAUUUCCUGAGCUUUCCAUGGUGUGUCUAUGACAAGUUGACAAUUAUCAAGAAAAAGACGAUGAGCAUGAGGAAGGCUAAAACCAUAUUAUUCUCACUACAGCAUAAAAUGGAGACGAGCCUGCGGAUGAGCUGAGAAAUCAUGAACGUAUUUCAUGGUUUUGGCUGUAAAGAAGGAUUUCUACAUAGAGCAGUGUUUGCACUGAGUAAGAACUGAAUGUUAGCGGUUUAAUUUUUGUAAAAUUGACAUGCAUUAUGUGGUGUAUUUCAACUUUAUCACAAAUAUGUAUAUAUUAGUUGCACCAUAUGUAUGAAUCAGCUUCUGCCGCCAAAAACAUAUUUGUGAAUUUUCUUUUUCAGCAAAUAUGGCUGUUGGUUAUGACCAUUCAUCUUUACUCUUUCCUGGAGCAAUGAAUGGAUGCUUUUCUUA